CAGCGGUAGGCGCGGCUCACUUAAACGCCUGCGCGGGGGCUGGGAGGGCGUUUUGUAUUUACUUUGCUAGGGUUUUUCGUUGAGGAGUGGGGAUGCCGAGCCGUCCCGAGGACUACGAGGUGCUGGUCACCAUUGGCGCUGGCUCUUACGGUAGAUGUCAGAAAGUGCGUCGGAGGGCGGACGGCAGGGUGUUAGUCUGGAAAGAACUUGACUAUGGAUCUAUGACAGAAUCAGAGAAACAAAUGCUUGUUUCUGAAGUGAAUUUACUUCGUGAGCUUAAACAUUCAAACAUUGUCCGCUAUUAUGAUCGCAUAAUUGACAGAACAAGCACAACUCUGUAUAUAGUGAUGGAAUACUGUGAAGGAGGAGACUUAGCUACUCUAAUAGCUAAGUGUACCAAAGAAAGACAUUAUUUAGAUGAAAAGUUUGUUCUUCGAGUUCUCACACAGUUGGCCUUGGCCUUGAAGGAGUGUCACAGGCGGAGUGAUGGUGGUCGUACUGUUCUUCAUCGAGAUCUAAAGCCAGCUAAUAUCUUCCUUGAUCACAAGAAAAAUGUGAAACUUGGAGACUUUGGACUAGCCAGAAUACUGCACCAUGACACCAGCUUUGCAAAAACAUUCGUUGGUACACCCUACUACAUGUCUCCAGAACAAAUAAAUCGCAUGUCCUACAAUGAGAAAUCUGACAUUUGGUCUCUAGGAUGCCUGCUAUAUGAGUUGUGUGCAUUGUCGCCUCCAUUUACAGCCUUCAACCAAAAAGAGCUGGCAGAAAAGAUAAGGGAAGGAAAGUUCAGACGAAUUCCAUACCGUUAUUCAGAUCAGCUGAAUGAUCUCAUCUCAAAGAUGCUGAACUUAAAGGACUAUUGUCGGCCUUCAGUUGAAGAAAUCCUGCAGAACCCAGUGAUAGCAGACUUGGUGUCAGAGGAGCAAGGGAAGAACUUGGAGAGACGAGGACGAAGAUCAGAAGAGCAAGAAAAAGUAGAAAGAAUGCGUCAUUCAGGAACUCCAUUGAGUGAGCUGAAACUGAAGGAGCAACAGCUGCAGGAGAAGGAGAGAGCAGUAAAAGAGAGAGAACAUAGACUGGAACAGAGAGAGCGGGAGCUGUGUGUUCGGGAGAGACUAGCAGAAGACAAACUUUCUAGGGCUGAGAGCUUGAUGAAGAAUUACAACUUGUUGAAAGACCAUCGACUUUGGCUGCCAACAGAUGAUGAUGUGUUGCCAAAUUUCCCUACAAGAACAAAGAAGGUUCAGUUUGGUGAGGAAAGUAAAGAAAAUGAUCAGUCGAGUGACAGCCUGGAGUAUUUCCCUUCCUCAAAAGACAAGUUCCCUAAUUUGAAGAAGCGCCUCUAUGCUGCCAACCUGCGAGCCCAAGCUCUGAGUGAACUGGAGAAACAUUAUCAGCUGAAAAGCCGGCAACUCCUUGGGAUGCGUUGAAAUAGUGUUUUGUUGAUAUUGUACAGAAUUGUGAUGCUUUAAUGGUAUUUUAAGAUUGUCUCUGUGGAAAAGUUGUGUAAAUUGGUUUUAGAAAAGUUUGUUAAAAUAUUUUUUUAACUGUAAAAGAAUGUCAUAGUACAUGAAGGUGUCUCCUUAUUUUCAUAUCAGUUUGCAUUCUUCUGACCCCUCUGCUUACUGAUAUUGCAUGAAAAGAUCUAUGUAGUCCUAACAUUAAAUAUGCAUAGGGUAGUUGAGAGCAGCACACCAAAAGUUAUUAGGAUGUGAUUUUUAGCAGUGAGCAUGAAGCAAGAACACUUGAAGAGAUUCUUUUCAGUUGGAAUGAAGCACAGAAUGUUAAACAUUUGUUCUGCAUCUCUGUCAAAUAUGUGCUCUGCUUGUUUAAAACUCAUUGGGUAUCUUCUCUAACUGUUUUAUUAGCAUAAAGCUGUAGCAAAUGA